UUUGAGGACCAGUAUUUGUGUGGGUAUAGUCAAAGUCAAGAAGAUACUCUGGAAUGGUCCUGGGAAACCAUAGCAACACCGACCAGUUCCACGGGAUGCAGUAGUGACCAUACAAACGGGGACGGCACUGGACAUUUUCUCUAUAUCGAAGCAAGCGAGGUGCAAGCUGGUAGUCAGGCGGCACUUACAAGUCCUAAAUCAGAAUUAAGUCCCGGUGACAGGAAAUGUCUCACGUGGUGGUAUCACAUGAAUGGCGUCAAUACUGGCGAUUUACUGGUCAAUGCAGAUAUUGCAUCAAACAAGAGCACAAUAGCAACGUGGUCAAGAAGUGGA